AGUUGUGCAAACAACUUAUUAAUCUACAAUAAGGUAACCUAUCUGUUACAGAGUAUAUUCAAAGAUUUGAAAACUUAAUGUUGAAAAAUCAUAUCGUAGAAGAAUUUUGUCAAAUAAUUGCUCGAUUCAAGGCUGGUUUAAGAGCAAAUAUAAAGGCAGAAAUACUUGGGCAGCCACUAUACAACGUAGAGCAUGCAUUCCAAGUGACACUUGGUACAGAGAUGUACCUAAAUUUCCUUCACCAAGUAAGUACAUCAAGGGUUUCUUUUUCGCAAAAGGGUAAAAUUCAAUGUUAUUUAAAUUCUAAUGUGCAACUAGAGAAGAUUAAUCAAAAGCAGCCCAAAGCAACAAUUGAUCGAAUAAUUCAAGAUGAAAGAAAUCAAGUAGAAGAAUCAACACAAUCCCAAGCAACUACGCUACUUACUUGUCCAAAGGCUAAGGUAAAAAGUGAAUAUCCAGACAAUUUUUUUGUUGUGGAGCCUGACAAGAUGAAAAAUCUAGCAACUAGUAUUGAAUCAAAUGAGUCUUUAGAGAUGAGUAUGUUACUACCUAAGAGCUCUGAAAUAGUGCCAAAAGUGUUGCUCGGUGAAAUUGUUCCCAUUAAUGACUUUCAACCAACAACAAUGAUGUUCCAAGAGCUUGAUUUGUUUGCAUCUUUCAAGGAUCUACAUGAGGAGUCACCAAUGCUUCUUUCUAUCCACUUUGUUCCACUAAUUGAUUUUAUCAUUCCAGAAAAUUUCAACGACACAAUCAAGGGGAUCAAUUUUCAAAUUUUUUCUUUGUUCCUUCAAUUAGAGAAGAAAAUGAAAUAUCAUCUUAACGCUUUUCAGAGACAGCUACAUAUACAAGUUCAACGUUUUUAGACUUUCAUACUGCAACACUUUAAAACUCGAGGUCGAGUUUUCUCCAACCAGGGGAGAAUGAUGUAAUCCAUAAGAUGUUCAAGGA